AUGACGUUUGUGUCGGCUUCUUCUUGCAUGGCUUUGUUGCUGCUGGCCGUUGUUUCAUCAUCAUGCAUUCUUGCCCAGCAAGUGCCCACAUUGGGGACCAUUCCACCCUUUACGUACAAUGAGAGCGACGGGACCCUCCAUGUGGGCUUUCGCACCAAUGUCUGCGACCGUCAGCGCAUGUUGAUUGACGGAGAGAUUGAACUCCGCAAUGCCCUCCGAGGUCUCAAUCUGUCCGUGGCCAUGACCAACUAUCAAGGCGUGGCCAGCAACGAAGAAAACUUUUUUGCACUCGACGACACGACAGGUGCCAUUAAAGCGACUGAUCCAGGAUUGUUUGUUGUGAUUAUGGACGAGAUUGCUCGUAGGGCAGGAUUGGAAUGGCGGAAUUCCUUUGCGGCCAUUGCCCCACCGCCACCGACGCAAUCCUGGAGUGAUUUGCUCAAAUGGGAAGUGACGCAUUACGAUAUUGCCGCCGAUUACUGGGCCAAAUCGGUAUUGCGCAUGUCCGAGGGGAUUGCCUUUCCACAUGGAUGGUACGAUGGUUCCAUCGUCAUGAUCAGUCGAGAGGAAACGCAGACAGAUCCAUUCGACCCGUGGUCCUACAUGGUGCCCUUUGAACCCACCGUGUGGGCAGCCAUUGUGGUGGCUAUUUUUGUCACUGGCUUGACGUACUUUUUCCUGGAGCGUCUCAACAAUGCAUCGGAUGAUCGGUACUUGCAUGACAAGCCGUGGGUGACCAUCUUUUUGGCGGCAUUGACAUUUACGGGACAUUUUAGUUUCCAAGCCAACACGGUGCCUUCACGGUUGGUCGCCAUGAGUUGGGGAUUCUGGGCCAUUAUUGUCGUUUCGGCCUAUACGGCCAACAUGGCAUCCUUUCUCGUGGCACAAAAUGUCGUCGAACCCCGAAUCAGUACCAUUGAAGAAGCGCUGCUUUCAUCCACACCACUGUGCGUGCAGCGGGGAUCCGUCAUGGAUGACUUGCUCUCGGACAAGUAUCCCGACCUCAAGUUGGUACGAAAGGAUACCGAGCAGGGCAUGUUUGAAGGCCUCGGCUUGGGGUGGUACAAUGGCAAGGGAGGCUGUGGAGCGCUCUUGACCAAUCUGGGAACCUAUGACAUUUACCAAGGACAAAAAGCCACCAAUAGUGAUUGUACACUGGGAAGUGACAAGCGUCUCAUAUUGAAUCUUCCCGCCGGCUUUGCCACGGCGGUGGACUCGGCCAUUCAGUGCACCUCCUUGAUCAGCUACGUAUUGGACGUGCACUUGCAAGAAAUGCAACAAGAGGGCUUUAUCCAAGAGGCAUGGCAACGGCACGUGGCCAAAAUAUCCGAGGUGACCUGUGGCCCGGAAACCAACACGGGUGGAUCCUCCUCCGGAGGCGGAGAGGAUGCCAAUUCCGAUGGUAGCUUCUCCCUCGACAUGAAGGCAAUGGGGGGCAUCUUUUUGAAUCAUUUUGUCAUGUCAGUGGCUGCCUUGGGACUGGCGUUCUGUCAGAGAAUGUACACCAAGUACAACAAACCAGAGAGAAAGAUGCGGCCCAUCAAGGUCGAUGAAGCCGUCCACAACAUUGUAGAAACAGUGGAUGAGUCUCUCAAGACAGUGGCUGAGACGGUGGAUGUCUCCAUGCGGAGUAUGAAGGAAGGCAUUGACGGCACCGUUAGAGUGGCCAAGGACACGAUGGACGGAUCUAUGCGACAUGUGACGCGUGCCCUAGAUGAAUCCACCAAGAACGUGAUGCAAUCCGUGGACGGAUCCAUGAGAAACAUGGUGCAAACCGUGGAUGGGUCCAUGAGGAGCAUGACAGGGUCCAUGAGACGCGUCAGUCGUCCUUCCACUCGCAGCUUUCGAUGGGACGCGAGCUCCUACGAUGAUGAUGCCAACCAAGAGAACAGCGACUGA